AUGGUCCAUUACUUUACGUCGUCUGACGAAGAUGCUCUACGGUUUCGCAGAAACAUUCAAGCUCUGAAUCUUGCCCGUUCCUACACUACAAUUCGGUGUACCUUUGAUGAGCGCCUACCAUCUCAUGAACGGCAUUGGAUAUUUCAGAUACGUGGUGCUUUGUACCAUGUUCUAGGUCCUUUGAGUGGAGCGUCGGCUAUGACUGGCCAGCUCGCCAGAGCGGCCCAGGUUUACUUCCUUGGUGACGGGCCUGAACAAGCAUCUGAGCUUGCAACAAAUGCAAGAUUAGACUCGAAUCCUCAUCUGAUGUCAUGCCGUGAUAUACUGGAGAAACUUGAUUUGGUUAUUCGUGAAAAUUUCCCAUAUCAUCAUAGGCUCUUCCUUCGAGCAUAUGAGUAUCUCUCACAACAUACCACUGUUGAUGCCCUUCGCGUGAACCCUCAACUGCGUUUACUACCGAAUGUGGAAGGUGGCCGGCAGUACGAUUUACCAAGUGUUAAUGCCGAGGUAGCUGCUCUGAUCAUCCCGUCCGAGUUCGGCCAGCGCGGCUACAGAGAUAUUCAAUUAUACCUUCGAGAGGCGCCUUCACUUACACGGGCCACCGAUCUGAUUUCAGUUGAUGGUGACAACGCGGAUAGUGAUAUGAUCGAGAAUCCGGCACAAGUUACGCCAGUCACCCAAGAGAUUGAUUCGGACGAAGAUGAUUGGGAAGAUGACUGGAGACAUGCGAAGAUCAUACCGCUCAAAAUACCGAAUAAAGAGAACUAUACCAUUGCGAAGGCCUGGAGGCCGAUUUCAUUCCUCGCGACACUGGGCAAGGUGCUGGAAUCGGUCAUCGCAGAAAGAAUCUCACAGGCGGUGGAAACUUAUGGCCUGCUUCCGACCAGCCACUUUGGGGCACGUAAGCAACGGUCAGCAGAGCAAGCACUCUUACUCUUGCAAGAGCAAAUCUAUGCGGCGUGGCGUGGCCGACGGGUCUUGAGCUUGAUCAGCUUCGAUGUCAAAGGAGCCUACAGUGGGGUCUCCUUCUGUUCGGAGCGAACGGCGACCAUCCAAAUCAAUGGGCAAGCAUCGGAGACCCAAAGUCUCCCACAGGCGGGGCUACCUCAGGAAUCACCUCUGUCCCCGACCCUAGUCAUCUUCAACGCAGAUCUCGUACAGCGACAGGUUGACAGCCAGGGAGGAGCGAUUGCCUUUGUGGAUGACUUUACCGCCUGGAUGACCGGAUCGACUGCGCAGACCAACCGGCAAGGUAUUGAAAAAAUCGUCAAUGGAGCACUCGACUGGGAAAGAAGAAGUGGAGCGACUUUUGAAGCAGAGAAAACCGCCAUUAUACACUUCGCCCCCAAGGCCCACAAAUCGGACUCGGGGCCUUUCACCAUUAAGGGAGAGGCUGUUGUACCCAGAGACUAUGUCAAGAUUCUUGGCGUCAUAAUGGAUAUGAAACUCAAAUACAAAGAACAUAUCGCGAGGGCGGCGUCUAAAGGCCUAGAAGCAGCGAUUGAAUUGCGACGGCUUCGUGGUCUAUCCCUAGCAACAGCGCGGCAGUUAUUCACAUCGACGGUGGCCCCGGUGGUGGACUAUGCCUCUAAUGUCUGGUUGCACGCUCUAAUGUCUGGUUGCACGCUUUCAAGAACAAGAAUAUCGGGCCGAUCAGCAGAGUGCAGAGGGUAG